GACUCCUCGGUGGCGGCAAGCUCUGGGAUUCCGAGCUGCAGAGAUGCUACCGGCUGAUAUCGCGCGCCGACUGUUGGCGGAGCUUCAGAGUGCCCUGGACGUCUGCUCAGAGCGACAACGGCAGUUGGAGCAGAGCCUGCGCGUCUCCCGGCGGCUGCUGAGGGCCUGGGAACCAGCUGGGACCUCAGCCCCGGAUCCACCUCCAGUACCCGAAAGUAAAGAAGCUGACCCGUCUCCAGUACACACACCAAGCCCCCAAGAGCUCAAGGAGUUAGAGCUUCUGACACAGGCUCUGGAGAAGGCUGCCCGGGUGCGCAAAAGCAUCUCCAAGGCAGGAGAAAGAGACAAACACUCCAGUGGGAAAUCUCGAUCCAUUGCUGCUGCUCCUGGCACCACUGCUGUUUCCCUACCUCAGGCCUCAGGUAGGGCUGGCAACUGUGUACCCAUGACAAGACCCACCAAGGCCAUCCGCCAGACCACUGUGCAGGCCAAGGAGCACCCUGGUCUUAAACUUCUGCCUGCAGUGAGUAGGAAGCACAUAGCGAUAGGAGCCCAAGCCACCAAGUGUGGACCAAGACUCCAAGACCAACAAUUGGCUCCUUGUGCUGCGCCUCUGGCUCCAGAAACCUUCACACUCAAGCAGAAGGGGACCCUGCUGCGGCUGCCUGUGGCCUUCAGGAAGGCGGCUUCUCAGAACUCUAGCCUGUGGGCCCAGCUCAACUCCACACAGACCAGUGAUUCCACAGAUGCCGCCCGCGCUGCCAAAAUCCAGUUCCUUCAGAAAAUGCAGUCAGGUUCACCCAGCCCUGGACCCAGUGCUGUGGAGGUGGAGGCAGAGGCCCAGCGCCUGCGGGAGGCUUGUGCACUGCUGAAGCUGCGCAUGCAGGAGGAGCUCUCAGUAGCCCCUGCUGACUGGAUGCAGGAGUACCGCUGUCUACUCACCCUGGAAGGGCUGCAGGCCAAAGUCGAGCAGUAUCUCCACAGGCUGAAGGAUCUGUAUGCAGUCGCGACGGAGCAAUCCCCAGGACCACAGCUUGGGAAGCCUCCCCAGACUCCAUUGCCCUUGAGAGGUGAAGUGGACCCUUCUCAGAGCCCUCAGCUCCUUUUCUACUCCAGCACCCAGGAGCUGCAGACCCUGGCAGCCCUGAGGCUGCGGGUGGCCAUGCUGGAACAGCAGAUCCACCUAGAAAAGGUCUUGAUGGCUGAACUCCUUCCCUUCAUAAACACCCAGGAGCCCAAAGGGUCAACCUGGCUGGCACUGUGCCGAGCAGUGCACAGCCUGCUCUGUGAGGGAGGAGAACGCUUCCUCACUGUCCUUCGAGAUGAUCCUGCUGACUGAGCCUUGCACCCAGGCCUCCAGACCCAGUCUUCUGGCUGGGAGUGAAUGGGGAUUGAGGAGAAAUUCUCUGGUUGGUGAAUCAGGCCACAUGAAGAUGCCCGGACAUCCCUAGAAGCCUGGGCCUCCACGGUGGGGUGGACAGGCAUCAAAUCUGAGGUUUAGGGCCUGGCUUUGCCUCCCUGGGUCCCUACAAACAGUCCAGAGGCCCAGGGAAGCCUUUCUUGGCUCCCUCUGUUUUCUCUCAUCUGUAUGAUAUUAAAACUGUUUCAGAAAGUACUUAAGUCACCACACGGUAGGACUUGGCAUGGGAUCUUUUUGUAGUUUCUGUUUCUUUGUAGGUUUUCUAAUCCACAGUGCGCCAAACAAAGGGCAAGGUGGUGCACACCCCUGUAAUCUCAGCAACUUGACAGGUGCGGAGUGCGAGGCUGAUGUUCCAGGUUAGCCCAGGCAA